AUGGUUCAAAACAAGGGCGUCAUCUUCAAGCAGGUGCCAAAGGGUUUGCCAGUUCCCGGCCAAGAUCUCGUAGUCGAGGCGCGCGAAUUCGAUCUCGACCAAGCCCCACCAGCUGGCGGUAUCAUCACCAAGAACAUCUAUGCCUCGUUCGAUCCAUACCAAAGAGGCCGCAUGCGCGCACCGGAAAUCAAAUCCUACAGUCCUCCCUUCACCCUCGGCCAGCCUAUCACCAACAGCACCGUUUCAAAGGUCCUCAAAUCCGACAACCCGAACCUCAAGGCUGGUGAUUUUAUCACUGGAUUCAUUUCCACAGAGGAGUACUCAGCACUCCCGAAAGAUGCUGCAAACGCGUGUAAAAAGAUUGAGAACCCUUACAACCUUGACUCGAAGGUGUUCCUUGGAGCUCUUGGCAUGCCUGGUCUGACAGCCUACUCUUCUUUCUACGAAAUUGGCAAGCCAGUCAAGGGGGAGACAAUCUUCAUCUCGUCCGCUUCAGGUGCUGUCGGUCAACUAGUCGGCCAAUUGGCCAAACACGAGGGCUUGAAGGUCAUUGGAUCUGUUGGAACCGACGAGAAGCUGGACUACAUUGUGAAGGAUCUGAAGUUCGAUGGAGGUUUCAACUACAAGAAGGAGAAACCAGCGGAUGCUCUGAAGAGGCUUGCACCCAACGGUAUUGACAUUUACUACGAAAACGUUGGAGGAGAGCAGCUCGAAGCAGCUAUCAAUGCCAUGAACCCCUUUGGCCGCAUCAUUGCUUGCGGUAUGAUUUCGGAGUAUAGCAAAUCAGAGACUGAGAGGUAUCCCAUCACGAACUUGAUGCAAAUUGUUGCCAGGAGGAUAACCUUCAGAGGUUUUAUCGUUGGAGAUCCUAACAUGGGACCUGUCUACAUCAAAGAACGGGAUGAGAAUGUUGCCAAAUGGCUUCACGAUGGGAGCUUCAAGGCCAAGGAGAGUGUCACAGAGGGUAUUGACAAUGCACCAGAGGGAUUUGUUGGGAUGCUUCAGGGCAAGAAUUUCGGCAAGGCGGUGUUGAAAAUUGCCGAUGUUGAGUAA